AUGGACGCAAGCAAGCUGGGUGAGGAGAACAAAAGUGCUGCAGAGAAGAUAAACAGCAACAUGGAAGCUCCAAAGAUCGUGGAGGAGCUGAACAAAACCGCGGAAGAGAACGGAAGUGUAACCGAGAGCAAGAUGGAGGCUUCCAGGAUCGUCGAAGGGAACAAAAGUAUGGGAGAAGCAGCUGACCUUGCGGCUCUGAACCAGCUGGAUCUUGAUGAGAGCUCUCGCUCGAUGGCGAAGGUCGUAAAAUUGGGCAAGGUUUCCCCGCACCCCAACGCUGACCGUCUCGCCAUCGCCGAAGUCGGCGGGUGGCGCGUCGUCGUUCCUAUCGACAGCCGCGAGGGCGACGUGGGCGUCUACUUCGAGAUCGAUUCGAUCCUGCCGGAGGCCACGUGGCACAACGUCGACGAGCGGAAGCGCAAGAUCAAGACCCUGAAGCUGCGGGGGGAGCUUUCGCAGGGCCUUUUCCUCCCCCGGAGCGACAAGUUUCCGGUCGGGGAGGGGGACUGGGUGGAGGGCGCGGACCUGACGCGCGCGCUGGGCAUCGAGAAGCGGAUCUUUGAGGAACCGGGAAAUUACCCAAUGCCACGUGGCGGCGUCGCCUUUUCCUCCGUGUUCGGCGGCCGCGGCCCCUCCAAAACGGACGAGCCACGUGUCCAAAGCAGCCUGGAGCUGCUGGAAGCCCUGCGGGGUCUUCCCUUUUACAUCGCCGAAAAGGUCGACGGCGCCUCGGGGCCGUUCGGCCUCUGGGACGGGGAGCUCAAGGUGUGCUCGCGCAACCUGGGCAUCGCUCGGGAGGACGAGACGAGCAAGGCCCAGACUGCCUUCUGGGCGGUCGCCGAGCUGUACAAUCUGCGCGAGCGGCUCGCGCGCAACCCGGACUGGAUACUCCAAGGAGAGGUGCACGGCCCGGGGCUCCAGAAGAACAAGUGUCGCGCGAAAGCGCUGCAGCUCGCGCUGUUCAACGUGUGGUCCAUCCAGGAGCGGCGCUACCUCGACUACGAGGCAAGUGGUCAAGAGUUUGUAGAGGCCGCCCGGGUGCUCGACAUCCCCACGGUACGCAUCCUCGAGGAGGGGGAGGGCUUCGGCUACACCCUGGAGGAGCUCCUGGAGAAGGCCCGGGGAAAGUACCCGGGCACUGAUAAUUUCCGAGAGGGCAUCGUGGUGCGCCCCAAGAAGGAGGUGGCGCGCGCGCGCAUGGCCGCGCUCGGGCACUCGCGCCUGUCGUUCAAGGUCAUCAACAACGACUUCCUGCUCAAGUACGGGCAGUAA